UUCAAGUGAACCUGUUUUUUUCUAUGCUAUAAAAAAUUUUAAACUGCUUUCUAAAAAGAAAAAAAAUUAUUUUUGUUUAUAAAAUUAAAAGAAUUAAUAUCGAUAAUUUACAUGCACACCUAUUUGUGCUAAAAUCCCCAAACUCAGCUGAUUUCACCCAGUUAGGUGGCGCCGAAACAAGUGUUUAUCUUCUUAAUUGUAUUGAAUUAAAAACAAUCGAGUUUCAGUUGAAUAAUAUUUUGGAUAAGUUGAAUAACAAAACAAUCUCUGUACAAUGACUCACCCAGUGGACAAUGUUUCGACACCGAGAAAAUAUCCGUUUGCCAAAAUGCGCCUAGACGACACACAUCAAUUGGAUGCCAUUGAAGGACGUUUUACUUGCACACAAUGCAAUCGUUCACGUAAAUUCUAUUGUUAUAACUGUUAUGUGCCGGUCGGAAAUGUGUGCGAUUUCAUACCACACGUAGAGAUACCUAUCGACAUCGAUAUCAUAAAGCAUAAAAAGGAAAUUGAUGGCAAGAGCACCUCAGCGCAUGCUGCAGUUUUGGCCAAGGAGCGUGUAAAUGUAUACGCGUAUCCGAAUAUGCCGGAUUAUUCAAAAAUGGAUGGUGUUAUACUUAUAUUUCCAAGUGCCAAAAGCUUAACGGUACCUCAACUCUUCAAUCAACGUGUACGUUUAAAAACGGAAAAUAAUUAUGGUUUACCGAAAGGUCAUAACAUAGGCACAAUGUUGAGAUGGCGCAUAGACGAGGUUAAAGAUGAACCAGAAGAGGGCGACCAACAACACAAUUUUAAAGUAUAUACCUAUGAUAACCUGCCUGUAAAGCGCGCUAUAUUCAUUGAUAGCACAUGGAAUCAGAGUCGUGGCAUUUAUAAGGAUGAACGCUUAAAGGGUUUACCCACCGUAGUUUUACAAAACCGUUUUUCACAAUUUUGGCGACAUCAGCGUGGUAGUCCACGUUGGUACCUCGCCACUGUGGAGGCAGUACAUCAAUUCUUGCUGGAAGUGCACGUUAAUGCCUGGGGACUCAAUAGGCAUUAUCGUGGCUUAGAUAAUCUCGAAAUUGGUCAAGGUUUUUACGAGACUGCGCGUUUAAUAGAUGCGGAAGCUACAAAUGAGGCACGCGAUGCGCCCUAUAAUGGACAAUAUGAUAAUUUACUAUUUUUCUUUGCCAAUAUGUACGACAUAAUACAUAAAUACUAUGAUCACAACCAACUAAAAUCUUAUCGCAGACCGAUUUAAAAUUGCAUGACUUUAUGUACAUAUUUAUAAAAAAGAGGAGAAUAAAAAGUAAUUUCUAAACAAAAAUUUUGUUAUUUUUUAGUAAAUUCAAUUACAUACAACGCUCAUAAUGGACAAUUUUCUUCGAAUUAAAUUUUCAAAGCCCUGUCUCCUGGGGUGGUGUGGUGUAUUUUUUGUAGUUACCAAACCUGGCUUAAACAAUUUCAACAAAGUCUAGUGUUCAUUUAAAUCAAAAACAGUUAAUUUUUUGUUAAACACUUUUUGCAAAAGCAUUUUAUUUAUUUAUUUUUAUUUCUUUUUUUGUUUUUUGUUUCACUUUCAAGUAAGUAUAUAUAUAUUUAUAUAUUUUAUAUUUAUAUAGAUAGUUGAUGGAAUUAAUAUGUAUGAAUGUGUGUAUAUAAGUUAUUUACUUGUAUAUAAGACAUCGUCGGAUGUCACUUUCAAGCGAUGCAAAUCGCAAUGCUGUAAAUGCACAAUGUCCACACUCACAUUACAAAGAGUACAUACAAUUAGCACAUGAAUGGUCAUAGAUAAAUAAAUCUUGUGUAUAUAUGUAUGUAGUUAUGAAAUAUGCAACAUGCCGUAUUGUAUUUUGCAUCGCUUGAAUUAUUUUUCUCCCUGUGUAUAUAUAUGUGUGUGUGUGUAGGUAAUGUACGUGUGUGUCAAUUUAUUAAAAAAAAUUUACUACUGACUGCACUGAUUCAUUAAAUGUGUUUUGCUGCUGCGUUUUGAAAUUGAAUACAUAUUUGUUAGUUUGUUUUAUUUAUAUUUUUUAGCAAAUUGUACAUUAACGGCAUAUUUACGCAGUGAACAGAUCGACAUGUAAAUGUGUCGCACUUUUUUAUUGACCUGCUUUUAGGCGUUCUCAAUGUGAAAAAGUUGGAAAGUGUUUUUAGGAGGGUGUUGUGGGACACUGUGAAACAUAACGACAAACACGAGGCUUCAAUUCAUUCAUAAUUAUAUGCAUUAAAUGCAAAGAAAACAAAAUCGCUUCUCAUAUGGGGUCAUUUGAUGCGAUUCCAAAUUCUAUGUAUGUGUGUAUAGAUGUAUAGUUUUUUUUUAUUGCAAAUGCAUUACUUUAACACAAACGUGCUUCUUAUGUGUUCUUCUGCAUUAUUUACCCCAGGCGUAAUACUCUUAAUCGCAUCUUAGAUGUCUUUAUUCUUUGUCGAUUCUCUUUUGGCUAAUGUGUAAGUUUUUUUCUUCUGAUAUUAAAAUUACAAGACGCUUUAUUGUUUGCCGAUAUUUCAUUAUUUUAUCACUCCCAUUGUGUUGUUAAUAUUAUUAUUAUUAUGUUUUAUUCAUUUAUGCUUGUAUAACAGUUUGUCAAUGUAAAUCCCAAUGUAUGAAUAGAUAUAUAAUAAAAAAAAUCGAAAUAUAAUAAAGUCAUCAUUAUAGCUGCCGCAAAUGUGCGUCGAGCUUAAAAUUAAUAAAAAAAAAAAAAACAAAAUAUAAUAAUAUAAAGUAUAUAAGAAAAAUAUAUAACCAAUUAUCUACGAGACCAAUUGCUUAUUUGUUACAACAAUUUACUGCAAUAAAAAUAGAAAAUCGCUCGCAAGUGAUUUGCAAAAAUGUUCACUUUUGAGCUCUCUUUCACGCGUGUAUUUUAUUUUUUGUUUAACAUAUAAAUAUGGUAUAGCCGAAUCAUAGGGUAAUGACAGCAACGACGUUUCUUGGGCAUGGCAGAGGCGAUUCAAGAGGAAAAAGUCUCACCCUCUCCCCAGCUGCCCAUGAAGUUAAAAUGUAAAAGCGUAGAUUUUAUUUGAUUUCUUCCUAUAUUUUGGGGCCACCGCUGUGGUUACCGCUAUGAUUCAGCUAAUAGGCAAGUUUGUAACAUUCGAUUGUUAUUUAUUUUUUGUUGUCUUUACUUUUCUUCUUUUUGUUUUUGUCUUUGUGUGUGUGUUUUGUUUUUUAUUUGUAUUUUUUGCUUUGUUGACUGUGCCAGUUUUAUUUAUUUAAUUUUCUAAAUUAUUUGUUGCUUUUCUUGUUGUUUGUAUUCAAUUCGUUACAGUUCGGUUGUUGUUUUUUUUUUUCAUAAUUUAUGUAAGUUACAUUUGUAACAACUUGGUUGCAAUAAAAAAUAAUUACUAGUUAAAUUCAUAUUUAUACAACACCAUGUGUACAAUGUUUUAAUAAUAUUGUAAUUAUAGAUUUUCAGGGGAAGAGGGGAGUAAAAGGGGUUUUUAAUGGAAAGAAUAUAUAGUAAAUUUGCAUUUUCUUAAUAAUACAAUUUUCAUGUUUUUCUUGCUGCUUUGUUUUUUUGCUUCUCAUAUGUAUAUGCAUUUUACUUCACUUUUCUUUUGUUUUUGUUUUUGUUUUCCUUUACUAAUUCAUUAAUGUCCUUUCAGUUUUUGUUUUUCUUUUUAACAUAUAUUCUCAUUUGUGUGUUUCUUUGUGUAAUAUCUAUACAUUUUGUCUACGUUAAGAACUUAAAUGUUAAAAUUUUUUUGGGAACAUUUAGUAUAAUCAUUUGAAUCAUAAUUUUUUUUUCUUAUUACCAGUUUUUUUGUUUUUGGGUUAAUUAGAAUAAAAUAAAUUACGGUUAGUCAUAUUUUUGUUUACUUGAUCUGGAUUUCUGUGCUUUGCGUUUGUUUUUCUCAUCGCUUAAUUUAAUGUUUUCAUGAUGUUUACCUUUUUUCAUUGCAUUUUGUAUUUUUUGUUUUUCUACAUCUUUGAUUAUACAUAAUUUUUUUAGUUUUUAUUAUCAGUUUAUAUUCAUUUAUUUUAUUUUAUGCCAUUAUUGUUUUUCUUCGCCAUUUUAAUUACAGUAAAUACACAUUUCUUGCAUUUUGAAUCGAUUUUACAACUAAGCUUAAAAUUUGCUGCCUUUUCUUUGCAUUUGGGUUUCGGUUACUCCUUUAAUGUUUUUGUUUUUACGACAUCUUACGUUGUUAGUACGCACUUUUCCAUUUUUCUAAUAUUUCGAUUCGGUUUUUUGUUUUUACUUUUUGCAAUACAAUUAAAUA